AUGCCUUACCCAGACGAAUUCGAGGGCUUUAUGAUUAAUGAGCUCGGAAAAUACAAGGACUUUAAGAAGCAGCCCUUUAAACCUAAGAAGUUUGGAGACAAUGAUGUCGAUAUCAAGAUUGAGUGCUGUGGUGUAUGCGGCUCCGACGUCCACACCAUCACCGGUGGCUGGGGCGACGCACCAACUCCCCUCUGCGUGGGCCACGAAGUGGUUGGCAAGGCCAUCAAAGUGGGAUCUGGCGUGAAGACCGUCAAGGUCGGCGAUCGCGUCGGUGUUGGUGCUCAAGUCUGGGCCUGCUUGAAGUGCCCUCAAUGCAAGAGCGACAACGAGAACUACUGCCCCCACAUGGUUGACACCUAUGGUGCCCCGUACCCGAAAGACGUGGACCCCGACGAGACUAUUUCUCAAGGAGGUUAUGCGUCUCACAUCCGCGCUCAUGAGUAUUUUGUCUUCCCCAUUCCAGACGCCAUCCCCUCCCACGCAGCAGCACCCAUGAUGUGCGCAGGCUUGACGGUGUGGUCGCCCCUCGUGCGUGCGGGAAUCGGGCCCGGCAAGGUAGUCGCCAUCGUGGGCUUGGGUGGUCUGGGCCACUUCGCGGUUCUGUGGGCAGCAGCACUUGGAGCCGACGUAACCGUGAUUUCGCACUCGCCUCACAAGAAGGAGGAUGCCCUCAAACUUGGCGCGAAGCACUUCGUCAGCUCGGGCGAGAAGGAUUGGGCCAAGCCGUUGGCGUUCAAGUUCGAUUUCGUCCUGAACACGGCAGACAUGACGAAUACUUUCAACCUCGACGAAUACCUCUCCAUUCUCAAGGUCAACUGCCGCUUCCACCAGGUCGGCCUGCCAGAUGAGCCGAUCAAGGAGUUGAAGCCUCAGCAGUUCAUGGCCAACGGGUCGAGCAUUGGCGCCAGUCACAUUGGCUCUCGUCCUGAGAUGCUAGCUAUGCUGAAGCUGGCCGCCGAUAAGAAGAUUACGCCCAUGAUCGAGACCCUACCUGUGUCAGAGAAGGGUUGUGCCGAAGCUGUGGACAGGGUGAAGAACAACAAGGUCCACUACCGGUUCACUCUGACGGAUUAUGAUAAGGCAUUUGGAGCAUAA